AUGCAAUAUCAAGCAGCAGCUGCAGCGGAGUCAUGGAGGAGUACCCCCACCACCGGUUAUUACUGCAACUACAUGGCUGUAAGGCACCACCCCACGGUGGCAUUUGAUCCGUUAGAGAGGGUGGCAAAGCUGGCGUCACAAAGUGCGGUGGUAAUAUUCAGUCUGAGCACCUGCUGUAUGUGCUACGCUGUGAAGAGCCUCUUCUCCGGGAUGGGUGUGAACCCGACUGUUUACGAGCUCGAUGAGGAUCCCAUCAGAGGGAGAGAGAUAGAGAAGGCUCUGGUGAGACUUCUGGGCAACUCCACGGCGGUUCCGGUGGUGUUUAUCGGCGGGAAACUAGUGGGGACGAUGGAUAGAGUGAUGGCUGCGCAUAUCAAUGGGACACUUGUGCCACUUCUGAAGAAAGCAGGAGCCCUUUGGCUAUGA